UGUAGUGCCGAUAUAAGUGCACGUAGCCGUCAUUGGUGGGGUCAGGAAGAAUAAACACAUUUAACAAGGAACAUCUCACAAUAGUUAGUACCACAUUUGUAGUCAUGAACAUCAACUUCGAAGGAAAACGUAUUCUUGUAACCGGAGCCGGGCGAGGCAUCGGCAAGGAGUUGGCUCUUCGUCUAUCCGACUAUGGAGGUCAAGUAAUAGCGUUAUCGAAGACAAAACAAAACCUGGAACAAUUAUGCGCAGAAGAUCCUCGUAUUCAGAUCGUCUGCGUCGAUCUUAACGACUGGAACGCAACCAGGAAGGCGGUCGAAAAUGUCUUACCCAUUGAUCUUCUGGUGAACAAUGCCGGUGUUGCACGUCUUAAUCCUUUUUUUGAUGCGACGGAGGAAGACUUUGACGUGACUUUCGCUAUAAACGUGAAGUCGAUGCUAAAUGUCUCUCAAGUGGUCGCGAAAAAUUUGAUCGAAAGAAAAGUUGGCGGCAGCAUUGUUAAUGUUUCUUCGCAAGCUAGCCAGGCAGCUUUACUGGAUCAUACCGUCUAUUGCUCUUCCAAAGGAGCAGUAGACAUGUUAUCUAAAACGAUGGCUCUCGAACUUGGUCCGCACAAUAUAAGAGUAAACACCGUAAAUCCUACAGUGAUCAUGACAGAAAUGGGAAAACUAGGCUGGAGCGAUCCGAACAAAGCACAAACUAUGAUAAGCAAAAUACCACUAGGUCGAUUUGGCGAGGUAUCCGAAGUAAUCGAUGCGAUAGUAUAUCUGUUAAGCGAUCGUAGCUCAAUGAUCAACGGAGUCGCUUUGCCAGUGGAUGGUGGAUUUUUAGCAAUGUAGAUUGCAAAAGCAUGUCUCGAAUUUUCUUUAUAAUAAGCUACUAAUACUAUUACUAUAAUUUUCAAUUCUAAAGACAAUAUUAUUAUGUCAUAGGCAAUAUGUCAAACAAAAAACUUUUAUUAAAUAAGAAAUAUUCUGAUUCAAGAUUGAAUCCUCCCAGAAAAUGAUUAGUUUGAGAACUGUUGUAUGGUUCGAGCGUCAUCGCUGUUUCAUCGAGAAAGAAUAGAAAUAAAGAGGAUAAUAAAAGGA